CCAGCUCUGGGAGGAGGAAGGGGAGGGCCUGGAGGCCGAGGCGGGCAGGCACCAGCCAGAGCAGCUGGCGGCAGACGGCAGGCAGACUGUCGGGCUGUCUAGCGGGCCAGGCUAGUCUACCUGGCAGUCGCGCCCAGGCCUUCUCCAGGAGAGCUGGUUCCGUGGGUCAACAUGGUCCCCAACCUCCUCUUGUCUCUGCUGCUCCUUGUGAGGCCUGUGCCCGUGGCGGCCUACUCUGUGUCCCUCCCAUCUUCCUUCCUGGAGGAUGUGGGGGGCAGUGGGGAAGUCGAGGGCUCUUCAGCCUCUUCCCCAAGCCUGCCGCCACCCCGGACUCCAGCCUUCAGUCCCACAUCAGGGGGACCCAAGCCCACAGCUCCAGAGGGCCCUGCGCCGCCCACCAACCUCCUUGAUGGCAUCAUGGACUUCUUCCGCCAGUACGUGAUGCUCAUUGCGGUGGUGGGCUCGCUGACCUUCCUGAUGAUGUUUAUUGUCUGCGCCGCGCUCAUCACGCGCCAGAAGCACAAAGCCACGGCCUACUACCCAUCCUCUUUCCCUGAAAAGAAGUACGUGGAGCAGAGUGACCGGGCUGGGGGACCCAGUGCCUUCUGCGAGAUCCCCGACAGGGCGCCCGACAGCCGGCCGGAAGAGACCCUGGACUCCUCCCAGCAGCUUCAAGCUGACAUCCUGGCUGCUACCCAGAACCUCCGGUCUCCAGCCAGAGUGGUGCCAGGCAGUGGGGAGGGAACAAAGCCUCUGAAAGGUGGGUCGGAGGAUGGGGUGCCCAGCAGCCAGGAGGAGGCCCAGGAGGCCUCAGUUUGCGAGGUCACUGCAGAGGAGAUGGGCGUCCCUGAGGAGUCAGGCUCGGCGGAGGCUGAAGGGGCUCCUGCAGCCAGUGAGAGCCAGAGAGGACCAGCAGGGUCUUUCUCUUUAGCCCAGGAAGCCCAGGGACCAACCGUCCCCCCUGAAAGCUCCUGCGCCUGCAACAAAGUCUCCCCCAGUGUCUAAGAGGCCCCCCAAACUGCUGGGCCUGACUGUUGGGUCUUUGAGGGUCACCUCCUUGGUCAAGAAAGGCCUUCGGCUCUCACUGCUUCUUGACGACUCUUCCUUGGCCGUGGCUGGUGCCAGUCCUGACCCCGAAUGGGCAGAGCUGAUGGCCUCUGAUGCACCCCAGGAAACAUCACCCCCAAGUUCCAGUGCCUUUAAUGCCUCUUGCGGUCCUGGGAGCCCUCACACUAAGACAUCACUUCUCUGGAAGAGGAAGGGCGGACACAUCCCGGUUGGAGCUGCAGUGAGGCAGCCCACACAGCGGAAGGGAACAGGCCACAGGCCCCUCAUGAAAGGCAGCAAACACUGUGUGAAGACAAGUCGGCCCUUAGAUUUGGAAGACAUCAAAUGGAUGGGCCUGCCACAGUCCUCAGCCACCUUUGCCUGCUGGGAAAGCAAGGUGCCGCUCUUAUCCAGUAGCGCCAGGGACGGCAGACGGACCCCUUUGCGUCCCUCUGUCGUCACAAUGUUUGUCACCCUGCCUCUCUGUUCAAUGGACUCAGUUAGUUAGGAAGCUUCUGGAAGGGCUCCACCUCCGACUUAUAUUACAGAGUUCCCCUAGACACGCCAU